AUGCGGAACAUAAUUCUACCCCAAUUCUUACCAGUUUUGCUUGUAUUUUGCUAUGUGAAAAUUAUACACGCAAUUGUAGUUGACUACGACUUUGAAUAUCGUCCUCCGACCGGAUGCAAUACCAACGAAGGUCAGAAGCGUUACGUAGUGCAUAAUAAUCGCAACGUUACAUUCCUGGAAGCUUGGCGGCUGUGCCAAAGUUUAGGAUUUCGUCUUGCUACCAUAACCAACAAAGACGACAGUCAGGCGAUCGCGGAAGCAAUUACCUCAUCGAGCAAUUCUAAAGGACCCUGGUGGAUCGGUGGGACCGACCUCGGAAGCGAGGGACUUUUUGUGUGGAUUUCAACAAAUCUGGUAGUCGGUUUUCGUUCAGGAUACUUGGACUACUCCCCUGGACAACCGGAUAAUGCUGGAGGUAACGAAAAUUGCUUGGAGAUCGGACGUUGGGGUGGUGUAGUAUGGAACGAUGUGCCUUGUGAUUGGAAACAAAGAUACAUUUGCGAGUAUACAGUAUAG